AACCCUCCACUUCCGCACCACCGGAAGAACCCCCGGUCCCCGGAGUAGUGAAUUUAACCCUACAGCGGCCUAGAACAAUCUGGAAAUGGAAUCCGAGAAGAGCGCUUGGUACACGAGAACCGGGGCGAAGGCAGUGACCCCCGCCGAACCCGGUGACUGUGGCCUUCCCCCAGUGAUUCCUCAUGCCCAGGCAGAGUUGGGAGGAAAUACAAACUUUCCUGAGAAUUCCUCGGUGUUGUACAAAUGUGAGAAAGACUUUUACAAAAUCCCAGGCAUGGCAGACGCCGUGAUCUGCCUUCCCAACAAUAAGUGGACAGACAUAAAAGAAUUCUGUAAUCGUAGCUGUGAAGUUCCACCCAGGUUGACUUAUGCAGCCCUCAAAAAGAUCUACAUCAGUAUGAAUUAUUUUCCAGUUGGUACCGUCAUUGAGUACGAGUGCCGGCCAGGGUACAGGAAAAAACCCGGUCUCCCAACAAAAGUAACUUGUCUUGAUAAUGUAACAUGGUCCACGCCCGAGACAUUUUGCGACAAGAGAUCAUGCCUUCAUCCUGGAGAAAUACUAAAUGGUCGUGUUGAUAUAAAAACUGACCUAUUAUUUGGUUCUCAGAUCUUCUUCACAUGUGAAACAGGGUAUAGAUUAGUCGGAGCAGCUUCUGCUUUCUGCCUGCUUUCGGGCAGUGGUGUCGAUUGGAAUGAACAAUUGCCAAUAUGUACAAAAAUUUUGUGUCCAGAUCCACCAACAAUUACGAAUGGAUGGAUUACAAAUGAACGUCACAUCUACGAAUACAGACAGGUUGUAACAUACGAAUGUAAGAGAGGAUUCAUCCUGACUGGAGACAAGCACAUUUCUUGCACUGUAAAAGGUGACAUAGGGGCAUGGAGUGGCUCAGCACCCAAGUGCAGAGACAAAUCUUCAAUUCCCUUGACCUCAUCACCAAGGCCCAGUACCACAAAUAUGCCAGGUAUAGAAGUUUCUCUACCACCUCAAAAACACACUACUAUAAAUGUUCCAGGUACGGAAGUCCCAUCAACUUCUCAGAAAAGUACUACAGUAAACGAUCCAGCGUCUAAGCAUGGACCUGAUUCCGGGACAUCCACAAGUUCUCCUACAACAGAACCUGAAGAGAAAGGAUUGACCUCAGGUUACAAAGCUGUCUUAUAUGGAGUUGUUCCUGGUGUUAUAAUAAUUGGUAGUCUAAUACUAGCCAAGUUUUUGUGGGACCGUGGAAAAUCAGGGGCACACAGGUAUCAAAUGGACAGUUUUGCUUGUGGUGCUAGUAACCACUGGCCAGCUGAUGUAGCCAAAGAAGAGCUAAGAAGCAAAAGCCCAGAUCUGUGGAAUAUUUCUAGUUUGUUACAAGUUCUUGGAGCAGCACAGAUACAAUAAAUCCGGUAGUGCUCUCGGCUUUGCUUGUGGUCCUUAGGCUGUGUUAGCAUGUCAACAGAGCAAGGGGGCAGGAGUCCUCUGGAGUCCACUUCUCAGUGCACCUAAAGCCUCUUGAAAAUCCAAGGACUCGCAGAGCUUCCGCUUUCCUACAAGUGCCGGGAAGGUAGAACUGUCUGCUUAUGCUUACAGUGCGAGCCUGAAUUUCUUUGUGAGACAUGUAGGGUCAUCUUUACUUAUGAAAGGAAAUAAAAAGCUAAAAACAGUAAUUGGAUAGCAAAAAUGAAACACAUAUUCUAAACAAAAUUGCCAAAAAAGAUGUACCACAUUCUAAAAUAGUGCUUAAAAUAUAAAGUACUUAUAUCUGUACUUACUUCAUUGAAAUGAAUUCUAAUGUUUUUGGUAAAAUAUUUUUAAAGGAAAACAUGAUGGGCCAGGAAUGUGUGUUUCUUGGCCUACUGGGUGCAAGGGAGAAAUAUAGAGUGAAGGGCUAAUUCUCCCCUUGUGACAGAAAACAGGUCAUGUGCCUGCGCUUAGUUGACUACUGAUAACAUGGAUAAGCUGAAGCUCUGUCCUUAGGACAGUCUGGUGUUGCUUCACUUCAUUUCCUCAGGAAAAGAGCCCUAUGAAAGGUGGCUUUGAUUUAGUGUCUUAAAAUCCACCCAGGAGCCUGGUGUAGAGGUGCAGGCCCAUAAUCCCAGCACUUGGGGGCUUAGGCAGGAGGAUUGCCAUGAGUUUGAAGCCCACCUGGCCUACAUAGUUAAGGCCAGACUGAAAGUACACAGUGAAACCUGCCCCCCCAACACAAAAAAUCCAAAGAUAGUAAGAUUAGCAUAAAAGAUUCUAUAUUUCUGAUGUUCAUAGCCAAAUUGUAAAUCUUUUUUGUAAGAUUAAUUUAUUUAUGUUGGUGAAUAUUUUGGUUUUACAUGUAUUAACAUUUCAAGAAGGUAUGUAAAUAAAAAUUUAUUUUCCCUAAAUAUAAAUAAAUAAUCACAGCUUCUGGCCUCA